CUCGAAAUGAUCAUAGAUCUACUCGAAAUAGUUCAAGUAAGUCUUGUUGUUAAAUAGAUAAUAUCUACCUGAUAUGUUUAUAGAUUAAAAUCAAAGAAUCAAUACUUUUAAAUAACAAGCCUCUUGAAAAAAAGAAGGGCCAAUUGUAAAAAUUCUAUUUAUUUAGUAGGCUAUAAAUAUACUUCAAAAAUUUUCAUUGAGUAGUUGCAAAAUACGGAUAAACAUCUCAUUGGCAAGCUAUCAAGUAACAUAAUAUUAUAGUCUCCAAAAGCUGUUGUCAUUCUGUGGCUACAAAAUACGGAUUUACUUCUCGUUCUCAAGCUAUCAAGUAACAUAAUAUUUCAGAUUCGAAAAUCUGUUACUUAAAAUUAAGUUAUGUGGUCUACAUUGCGUAAACCCGUUGCCAAGUUCUGCAAGCCCCUAAAGCGCCAUGGACACGGAUAUUCAGGCGGUUGUCCUGGUGCGAAUUUGCCCUUUGGCUUGGACAGCCCCAUGCGCUUCACAGUGUGUUACCUGAUUGCAGGAAUCGUGGGCUUUGGAGCUCCGUUUCUUGUUAUUCGUCACCAGAUGCUGCGCAAUGUGACUGAUGAUCCAAAAGAAGAGGAAUAACGCAAUUAUGAUAUAAAACUCUCGUUAAUAAAGUAUUAAGGGGCAUUGCACAUGGAA